AUGCCACCCAAGGCCGACGGAACAACGAGGGGACGCGGCGCCAGGCGUGCCCGGGGCACCAGCACCCGCGGCCGCGGCGGCCGUGGCGGCGCGCAGGCCGCAGCCGCCUCCAAACAAUCCAAGGAUACCGCUCCUCCAGCGAAAGAGCCUAAUGCCGCCGACGAAGACUCUCUGUUCGUUCCCAAGGACGACCCUGUGCCCGAGGCGAGCGCUGCGCCAGUCGCCGACGUCUCCAUGACCGACGCCCACAUCGCCUCCACCACCGAGCCCACCAACACCAACACCGCAGCUGACGCCAGCGCUGGCGCAUCGCGUCCUGAAGAUGCCCGCGUAUCCGCGGUUCGCGGCUCACAAACCCCUGCUGCUUCACCCGCGCCGUCGACCGGCGCGAGUCGUGGCGGCAAAAAGGCAGGAGCGCGCAUGCCCACCUUCAAGGGCCGCAGAAGCAAGGAGGAACGUGAGGCCUUGGAGGCCGAGGCCGAGAGGAAGAGGAGGGAGAAGCUCCAAGAACUCAGCAAUGAGGCUGGUCGCAGCAGAGGAGACCGUGGCAGGGGACGUGGUCGGGGAGAUCGUGGUGGGCGGGGUGGCCGCGGCGGAUACAUGGGCCAGAGAGGUUUCGAGGCAAGCCUAAAACAAGACAUGGGUGGUGUAUUUGCCUCCGGAACUGUGAACGAGAACCGCUCGCGUAUGAUCCAUCGCGGAAAGACUUUUGGAGCCUCCUCCAUGCAGGGCAAAGUCAAGCGCGAGCGCACAGUUAUCAGGCCGGAUGGCAACAAUGACGGAGUCAAGGCUGAAGACGACGAAGAGGGUUACAUCUCGUCUGAUCCUGAGAUCGAGAUGUUAGGACCUCGCCAGGACGUUGAUAACAUUGAAACGAUUAACCUCGUUAGCGAUGAUGAAGAUGGGGAUAUUGAGAUGGCAGGCGGCCCUUCGCAAUCAAGGCGCAGCAAAACUAGGUUCAACACUCCUGGGCUCGCUCCGAUCCGCAUUCGCCGCAGAGAGCACGAAAACGCGCCGCGUAAAAUCACGGCAGAGGCACCAGGAGACCCGGAGAUCAAGACCGAGCCAGACACAUCUUCGCCUCGGAAGGGCAAGGGAAAGGCGAAGGAAGUCGAGGUCACCGGAUCUCAAGGUCGUUGGAAGGGAGCCUGGGGAUAUGAUGACGACGAAGGCCACGUGAGGAUCAAGGACGAGCCAGGUGACGAGCCAACUGCCGUGUCGACAGAUCUUCCAGAACACCAUACAAAGGACGCGCCUUCCUCCCCAGAACUUUCGAAGAAGACAAAACCCAGGAUCAAGCAGCGCAGAAAGCCACGCUUCCGAGACGUCCGCGCAGCACUCGUCAGCGAAGAAGACAAGCAAGAGCAAGAGCGCCACGAACAGAGCAUGAAAGUGCUCGCAGACGAGCUUGGCGAAAUCGUUCUUCCUCCAGUUGCGGCCUCCGACGCUGGUGGUGACACUACCAUGGCAGACGCCGAGGCCCCGAAGCAGGAACAGCCCGUCGACAAGAAAAAGGAUCGUGCCUACCUCUUUCAACUACCUCCUGUACUGCCCAGCCUCAUGGUCGACGACUCGGUCAAGAGGGAGCCCCAGUCACCCGAAGCCACAUCCCGCAGCCACCCGAUCGACCUUGCGACGCCCGAGGCCAACUCUAACCACCCCACCAAGGCCGAAGAUGAAACAGCAGGUAUCGACACCGUGAGCCCCGAGCUCCCCGCUCAACUCGCGUCUGGCGCGGUCGGCAAGUUGCGGGUUCACAAGAGCGGACGCACGACGCUGGAUUGGGGCGGCACCAGCUUGGAGCUUUGCAUGGGAAUGGACGCCUCUUUCCUUCAGGACAUCAUCGUUACCAAGAUCAUCCCAGAGGAGCAGAGAGUGGGCAGGGAUGGCGGUGAGGCCAUGAGCGUCGGUCAGGUCUGCGGCAAAUUCGUCGUCACGCCGGACUGGGACGAGAUUGUGGGAUGA